AUGUUCAGGCAAGACUUCAACAGGAUAGACCCCAAACGGCGGCAUGUCGACCACCGCAAGCAACAAUUCGUCGACCGCGGGUACAAAGAGCAGCAAUAUCCCCACAGACUCAACUUCUACGCGACGCCACCCACGGCAGACAUCACCCUCGAGCAAUUCGAGCAAUGGGCAAUCGACCGUCUCAGAGUCCUUGCCGAGCUCGAGGCAUGCUCCUUUCGCAACAAAUCCCACGAUGAGACCGCCGCCCACAUGAAACCCCUCCUAGAGAAAUACUUGCCGCUGGACUUCAACAGCUCAAAGUCAACACAGCUCGCUUUACAGCGGCAGAAAGAUCACUACAGCCACUUCAUAUUGCGCCUCGCAUUCGCGGCUACCGAGGACCUGCGCCGGCGAUUCACCCGUGUAGAGACGACGCUCUUCCGAUUGCGUCUGAACCAGGAGGAUACGAGAGACCGGAAUGAGUUCGUGAGGAGUUUGACUCUGGACUGGGAGAUGGUAUCGGACGAGGAGAGGCGGGAACUGGAGGUGGAGCUGGCUGCUACGAGCGGCUACGCGCGCAAGGGCGCCCCGGCGGAGGAGACAUGGUGCAAGGUCGACUGGGAGCGGGUGCCAGACCUGGUGGAGGGCAGGAGGGUAUUCCUGAAGGCUGGAAAGGCAUACGUGCCCUCGAGGGAACAGACGAGCAUGGUCGUCACCGAGUUCACCUCCAGGCUGGAGCGCGCCCUCGAGCUCACCGCGCGCGCGCUGCCGCGGCUCGACGAGGACGACCGCCUGUCGCCCAUACUCGACCACCUCUCCAAGAAUUUCAUCACCCCGGACGCCUCCUACCAGAGCAGCUCGGGCGACCUCCCCGCCGGCGCCGAGAUCUCGGCGCGCAACAUCGACAAGCUCUCGCAGCACUUCCCGGCCUGCAUGUCGCACCUGCACCGCUCGCUCCGCCGCGACGCGCACCUGAAGCACUACGGCCGCCUGCAGUACACGCUCUUCCUCAAAGGGCUGGGGCUGAACCUGGAGGAGGCCCUGGCGUUCUGGCGGCAGGCGUUCCACAAGGUGACCGACGACCAGUUCAACAAGGACUACCGGUACAACGUGCGGCACGCGUACGGCGACGUCGGCGGCGACUCGAACAGGAGGGGCGGCGGCUACAGCCCCUUCAGCUGCCAGAAGAUCCUCACGGAGCACCCGCCCGGCCCCGGCGAGGCGCACGGGUGCCCGUACCGCCACUUCAACAUGGAGAACCUGUCGAACCUGGUGCAGGCCAUGGGCGUCAACGACAGGAGUGUGCUGAAUGGUGUGAAGGAGGACAAGGAGAAGCAGAAGUACCACAUGGCUUGCAACCGUGUCUUCGAGUACGUACACAAGAACGAGAUCAAGAGGGCCAAGGACGAGGGCGUCAUGAGCGCCAAUCAGCUGGAGACUAUUGUUCACCCCAACGAGUACUUCAAGCGGAGUUACGUGCUGAAGAAUCUGGGCAAGGGGAAUCCGGCGGCGAGGACGUCAAGAUGGAAGGCUAAACGGUGGUAA